AUGCUCCAGUUCCUGCCUGGAUUUAUUUUUGGAAACAUUGUUAGAAUGUUUCCAGCUCAGAACUAUGAGAUACCAAACCUGGCCGAAAAACGUGAGGACUUGGAUGCCAAAAACAGUCCCCCAGCUCGUGCUUGGGAGAGCCAGAGACUGGAUUAUCAAGUUAGAUGGUAA